CGCCUUAUUCACCCGGAACGUUCUAAAGACGUUGAGGGGUACACUUCAGGGGUACAUUCGGCAACGCACCAGCUGUCAUGGCGCCUCACUGUUGUGUGCCCAAAUGUUCGUCCUCAAAGAGAAAAAAAUCCUUCCGUGGACAGACUUUCCACCGUUUCCCCAAAGAGCAGGCACUUCGCCGUGAAUGUAUAAAUCACAUCAAGAGGGAUCCUGGUCCAUAUUUCAAGAUCAACGCUGAGACCAAGGUUUGCUCUGAGCACUUUGAGAAGCAGUGUUUUGUAAAGACCGCCCGUGGUAUCACAAAGCUUAUAAAGGAUGCUGUGCCAACUUCGCCUGGACUUCAGAGAGGCCAAAGAGGAGAAUCAUCAUUCGCAGACCGAGGUUAGUUUGUUCAGUCAAUAUUCAACUGACAUGUGUUUAGCAACCCUCUAAUAAUAAUAAUAAUAAACUGAGAAUAGUUCGCCAUAGGAAUAGCCUACAUUUAAAUUUAGACAAGACUGGAGAAUUAAUGUAUGUGCUGGAGAUAAUUGCACCGUUCCGCGGUGUCUCAUUCAAAUGAAUUGCAA